UGCUCCAGGUUUUACUUCUGGUUGCCUGUGAAGGCUUUCGCUCCUCCCUUUUGAAAUCCUAUAUUAGCUGUGGCCAAAGCUGGGUAGGAAAUACAGCUCAUUGUUGGCAAGUGCUGAUGAGAAACGCGCCGAGGAGGGAGAGCAGCGGCUUUGAGACUGGUUUAUGCAGCAGCAGCAGCAGGAGGAAUAGCAAUAAUAUAAAGAUUAUACUCCACUUACGCGAGCACAGAGGAGGGGAAAAGACAACCGCUUGCUCUAUGCUGGGAGAUCUUUACUGACUGAUUUUAGCAACACGUUUGGAGCAAACAGGAGAGAGGGCGUGAGGCUGGAAAUGGCAGACCACAUGAUGGCCAUGAACCACGGGCGCUUCCCCGACGGAACCAAUGGGCUUCAUCACCACCCAGCGCAUCGAAUGGGAAUGGGUCAGUUUCCCACCCACCACCACCACCAGCAGCAGCAGCAGCAACAUGCCUUCAGUGCCUUGAUGAGCGACCAUAUACAUUACGGAGGUGGAAAUAUGAAUGCAAACAGUGGGAUCCGGCACGCCAUGGGGCCGGGGAACGUGAACGGGGGCCACCCUCCCAGCACCCUGCCUCCGGCGGCGAGGUUUAACAAUUCCCAGUUCAUGGCUCCUACGGUUGCCACCCAGGGGGGGCCCUUGACAGCCAGCAUGCAGCUGCAGAAGCUCAACAACCAGUACUUCAGCCACCACCCGUACCCUCACAACCACUACAUGCCGGACUUGCACCCUGCCAGCCACCAGCUCAACGGAGCCACCCAGCAUUUCAGAGACUGCAACCCAAAGCACGGCGGAGGCAGCGGAGGCGGAGGCAGCGGCGUGCCGGCCUCUGUGCCCCACGUCCCUGCAGCAAUGCUGCCUCCCAAUGUCAUAGACACUGACUUCAUUGACGAGGAGGUGCUUAUGUCCUUAGUCAUAGAAAUGGGCUUGGAUCGCAUCAAGGAGCUUCCUGAGCUGUGGUUGGGACAGAACGAGUUUGAUUUCAUGACGGACUUCGUUUGCAAACAGCAGUCCAGCAGAGUGAGCUGCUGACUUCUUGCCAAACAAGAUGACUUUUUUUAUCUGUAUGAAUGAAAACAUUCCCUCUAGACACAGUAUUUCAAAGGCUUUUAAGAGCUCAAGUAUCUGGGAAGCAGAGUAAACUAUAAGCUUGUAUAAUUGUUUCCCCCUUUUAAAUUUGCUGCCACUUUUUUUUUCCCUUAAACGUGGACACUCCAUUAAGCCCUCCCCUUCCCUAUAAUAAUUUUAUCUGAUUCAUUCUUUUUUAGUAAUUCCUCAGCUAUAAUUUCUUCACUGGCAACAUACCAAUUAUGUCAACUGUUAGAUAUGAAUAUUGGCAAAGUGCUUAAUAUUGUGGAUUUUCUAUAGGCUAUCAUUUCAGAUGACUGAAAACUGCAUUCAAAUUCUAAGUUGAAGGACAAAAAUAUUGCAUUAGUUGGUUGCAUGAACUUCAGGGUAGAUUCCUGCACAAAUACUGCCCUCUUGCUUUGUUUUUAACUAUGCAUUUGCAGUGAAACUUUUUUUUUUUAGUCUGCUGAACUGGAAGCUUAACAGAUGUGGGCCAAACCCUCUCUGAUCAGGAAAAAUAGUACUGUUACUUAAACUCUGCUGUCUGCUCUCUUUCUUUCCUCCCCCCCAUCUGUACAGACAAUAAUAUAGUGUGAAUGGAAUGGUGUCUAGUUGUUGGGGAAAGCAUUUCAUAGGAUUUUAUUUUAUUCUGGUUCUAUCGUCAACAUAUUUUCAUUUUGGCAUUGUGCUUACAUCGUUUAUUCAGUACGGGGGGCAAACUACUGUGUUGAAAGCUUUUUAGGAAAUUUGACAGUAUUUUUGUACAAUUUUUUGAGAACAUACUUGUUAAUUUAUUCUAUUUUAAUUUGCCAAUGUCAAUAAAAAGUUACAUGCUUUAAUUUUUUCUAGAUACCAGUUACCAUUUUUUUUCCUUUAAAUUUUAAUUUUUUUCUCUUCUCCACCUCACAAAUGUUUGAUACAUAUAACCCAUUUAACUUGUUGAACUGUUGGGUUGUGUGAAACAUUCUGAAAGAAAAUCUACAUGACACCAUUGUAUGCUAUAUGUCAUGAUCAGUGCAGAAAGUUUUUUUUAAAAAGGAUUUAAGCCUAAUUAUGACACCAGUCUCAUGAAUAACAUUGUAACAUGCCUGUGUGAUUUUAUCUAAAGUGAAAUUGCCAAGAGGCAACAACUUUGUGAUUUGCCAAUUUACUUGCUUUAAAUGUAGUCGUCCAGAAUUAUGAUGCAUAAAAGUAUUUAUUCUA